UUGAAGUGUGUGCCCGGGCCUGUGCUCCUAUGUGAGCUGCACACUGAGAGCCAAUGUGGAGGUAACCUGUUUCCCAGAGGACCGUCUGGCUGCGAGGGCCAUUAAUUAUAAGAGACAGGGAGCCAGACAGACAGAGAGACAGACAGAUUGAAAGACAGACAGCCAGACAGACAGACAGCAGGACAGACAGUACCGCAGAGAGCGUAGACAGGCCGGACAGGAGCAGGCCCCGACAAAUACAAAGAGAGGAGGAAGAGCACGCACGGCCAAGAAAAAAAUAAUCCUCCCCCUGUACUGAGUACUACAGCUGUCUGCACCGCCCCUGUCUUUCCUCCUGCCAGUGGACUAUGAGUAAAUACAUUCACGCAUAAUAACCCUUUGUCAUAAGAGAAAGAAACGCGAUUUGCGGCGGAGAUAAAUAAUUGAAAAAAAUGCGGCUGUCCGACUGCGCAUCCCUGGGAGUGAAUAGGGAAAUGCUGCGCCAGUGUCCCGGCUGAGAGACGGAGCUGAUCUUACCCAACAUAAGCUCCGGUGCUUUUCCCCCCUUGUCAUACACAAUAUCGCUGCCAAAAAUCAUCGUUUCAAACAUGUGUGCAGGGAGACAGAAUAAACGUUGUGUGUUGGUCAGUGCUCCCCUGCUUCGGUCCCAUCCUGCAGGAGCAUGUCCCGUCGGAAACAGAAACGACCCCAGCAGCUUAUGAGCUUGACCCUCGGUGCCUGUCGGAUACUUGAACAUGAUGACCACUUGGCAGUGAAGUCAAACUCCUAUCUAUUUAUCCCGGAUUCUCCCUUGUGCUCUCCAUCUUCCUCUCCUCAAAGCUCUCAGCUGCCCCUCGCUCUUUGCCCAACUUUCAAGGGCUCACAGACACCCCCCCUACCCAUUGAGGGUCCACAGCCAUCCUGCUCACCAAGCCAGCCCUUCCACCAGCUUCUUAAAAACCCACAACCUUCCGUUUCCCCCGAUUUCCCUUACCUUCCUCUCUCUCCCCAAACUCAUAAUCCAGCAGCCCAUCCACUCUCUGUUUGCAAUAUUGCGUCUUCUGCAAGUGCCCUCAUCCACUCUUCCCGAAGCGCACACAUGGCCUCUCCCAAACUAGGGCUGUCAGCCACCACCACCACCUCCUCUUCCUCCUCAUCAUCGUCUGCAUCCCUAUGUCCGCCACCGCACCCCGGAAGCCCCAGUCGUGUGCCUGAGGGUCCCCCAAGUCCUGUUACUCCCACUCCAAGCCCAGGAGUGACAUCUGCUUCAGCUGCACCUUCUCGGGCCCAACUGAGCAUUGCCCUGAUCCUAGAGGAGUUGCGAGUGCUGCAGCAAAGGCAGAUCCAUCAGAUGCAAAUAACAGAAGAGAUCUGUAGACAGGUACUACGCCUGGGUGGAGCAUCGUAUGCCAUAGACACACCCUCCCAGUAUCUCCUCCCUCCCCUUCCUCAGCUAUGUCUGGAAGGCAGCAAAAGGGCUGCCAGCCCAACAACGCAGCCAGGUGCAUCUCAACCUUCCACCUCUGUGGCUCCUCUACUGGCAUGUUUCUCCUCCCUGCUCCCCUCUCAGGCAGCCAACAAAUCCUCAAAGCCAAGCAGUUCUUUGUCUCAAAUCCUGCAACCCCACAAGCCCCAGAUGGAAGGCACAGGAGGGACUGCAGGGGCUCAUGGUUAUCUGAGGGCUAGUUCUCAAUCCUCAGCCUCUUCCACCUCUUCCUCUGCUGCCAUCUCCAUGGCUUCCUCCAACUACCCACUAGCCCUGUCUUUAACUCUGCCCAACCGUUAUCUUCAUGAGAAAUCUCCAAAUACCACUUCAGUGAGUGGGCACAGUGGCCUAUCCUUCCUGAACUCAUCCCUCCCAACAUCAGUCUCUGUUGUCCCAAACGCCCAACAUGCUCUGCAAUCUGUCUCUGGAGGAACAGACUCUUCCUCUACAUCCAACAAUACUGUCCGUCUCCACCAUGCCUGCCGCUUUUGUGGAAAAAUGUUCAGCAGUGACUCUGCCCUGCAGAUACAUUUACGUUCACACACAGGGGAGCGGCCCUACCAGUGUCCAGUGUGCCUCAGCCGCUUCACCACGCGAGGCAACCUCAAGGUGCACUUCUUACGCCACCGUGAGCAAAACCCAGAGCUCUCACUUUCACUCCUGCCACCAUCAUUGUUUGGGGUAGCGCUAGGGUCCACUGGGGGGUCCGAUAUGGGACAGACUGUGAGCAGUGGUUGUAGUACGAGUGGCAUGAAUAUGAUUCAGAAGAAGCGAAAAAGCAGGCCUGAAGAUGAAACAUAUGGAGAUAAUUUGGAGGUCAGUGGUACCAGCACUGGGCUCUCUCUGGGGGCCUCUGGAGGAGCCACCCCUUCUACCCUACCUCUGCCUCCAAGUGUGGAUCUGGCUUUGAUUUCCCACUCUCUGCUGCAGCUCAAUAGGGCUGCAGCUGUAGCCGCUGCAGCUUCUAUUGCCUCUGGCUCUUCCCACUCAUCCUCCUCCUCUUCAGCUUCCACCUCCUCUCUGGCCACCUCCCUCCUCUCUAAUUCUUCCUUGUCUUCGUCUUCCACCAUAACAGGGUUAUUCAAGGGUGCCAAGCAGCAGCAUUUUGAUGAAAACACUCCUCCUCAUGGCCCCAUCCUUUCUCCUGCAGCCUACUCCCAGCUAGCCCACCUACCUAAGCUCCUUUUCCCAUCUGUCUCCACUUCUUCUGCUACCACUGCUGCACAUUCAUCUCUCUAUAACCAUCCAGCAUUGGGAUUGCUACGGACUCCACUACCCUCUACUCCAGGGUCCCACCAACUUGCCUCUUCCAGCCAUUCUCAGCUUUCUUUCCCAUUCUCUUCCUUUCCUAAAGUCCCAGGUCCACCCACCACCACUCCAUGCUCCGUGCCUUCCUCCAUGGCUACCUCCACUCCUACGUCUGAAACUUCAAAGCUGCAGAGGUUGGUGGAGAAGCUAGAGAAGGCUCCUCCCCACUCCACCUCUCCAUGGACUUCUCCCUCUACUUCCACGUCCAUGCUGGAGGUGUUAUCUAGUAGUACCACUACCUCUUCAGCAAGUUCAGCCAACAAUCGUUUCACAAACACCAGCAAUUCUGCAACUUAUGUCAUGGCAUCCCCAUCAUCCUCGACUCUUGUCACCACUUCUGUUUCAAACUUCACUCGUGAGAUGAUUGCUGCCCUAGGCAUGAGUGCCAAUGGAGCAGGUGCUAUGGCAGGGGGCAUGCUACCAUCACUGAACAUCACAGGUCCAACUGGUAACCUGACAACCAAUCAGUGUGGGAUGUGUCUACGGGUGCUAAGCUGUCCCAGAGCACUCCGUCUGCACCAAGCGACGCACCUUGGAGAACGCCCUUUCCCAUGUAAGAUAUGUGGGCGAUCCUUCUCUACCAAAGGCAGUCUACGGUCACAUCUGGCCACCCAUCAUGCCCGACCACAGAAUGCACGUGUGCAGAACUCUUGCCCACUGUGUCAGCGGAAGUUCACGAAUGCCCUAGUGCUUCAGCACCACAUCCGUAUGCACCUUGGUGGACAACUGCCCCCAGAUGGCACAGAAGAUUCUUCACAUGAGAUGACAGCUGAAUCUAAUACCAAACCCUUGUCACAAUCCCAGACCCAAUCCACUGACUCAAAUACUGUCUCUAAUAAAACAUCUCCUCAAGCCAGACACUCUAAGAGCCCAGCCCCAAGUUCACAAUUUCAAACGCCACCUGUUGGCUCAGUCUCUGUGUCCGGCAGUAUGAAAUCAGUUGAGUACACCAAAAAUCCUGGCAAGUGUGGGUCCUCCAGCCCAGAACUCAUCCCUCCAUCUGACCUUAGCCCUGACCCCUUCAUACAUCCAACUACACAGACGCCACCACCAGGCAGCGUGGAACCCCCUGUCCUUUGUGUUAGCGUCCCCUUGCCAGCCCCCCAGCAGACAGAUCAAGCUUCCCAUGUUAUUGAAGAUAAUCAAGUUGAACAACAAGCCACUGCUGAUGUCCCUCUCGCUGAAUCCACCUCACCUAUUUCCUCCAUUGUGACAAAAUCCACAGUGUCCCCUAAUGCUAUGGUAGUAGAUUGUGGAGCAGAUGAAACAUCUACCUGCUCAGAUGCAUUCCUUGGUUCCAGAUCAAACCAGGAUGAUUUACAAAGUACAGCUGCCCAUGGUGCCCACCAUGCUUACACCUGUUCUAGUACUAUUUCCAACCUGAGUCAAGACAUUCCUGAUGAUCUUGCUACACCAACCCUGGAGUCAGAUUCAGUCUCCCCCAGACCUCAAUCACCAGAGCCCAUGGAAGAAGACAAAGACCAGUCUCAUCCACCAGCAACACCAAAGCAAGACCAAGAAACUGUGCCUGAUGAAGAUCCCAAAAUGACGCCAGCUUUGGAGACUGCAGACACCAUCAGUGCUGAAGAAGGGGGUGCAUCACAUAGAGCUGCCACAUUUGUAAGGGAGACACGUCAGAGCUUUAAUUUUGGUUCAUAUGGGAGGGAAGACCGAAUGGAAAGUGUGAAAAUUAGCGGAUCGGCUUCAAGUGAAGUGGCAGAUGUUUCUGUUCCCAUCAACCUUGCUCCAACUCUCCCAUCUCCAAUGUCUCGCCCUGAGAAGAAAACCUAUUGUUGUGCUGAAUGUGGAAAAGAGUAUGCUAGCCGCAGUGGGCUGAAGGGGCACAUGAAGCACCAUGGUAUAGCUACCAAAACAACACGUCCACCAGCCCGGAGUAGUCGUUCCUCCACUGACCAACUUCCUUCUUCUACAUCUAUGACGUCCUUGAACAUUCCUGCCACCAGGAGCUCGGCAGGUUUCUGGAACCAGUACCAAGCUUUCCUCAACACCAGUACCGAGUCAGCUGAUGACCCAGCCUCUGGCAACAAAGGAGAGAAUGAGUCGCCCGUUCUGUCUCAGAUGGAUCCAAGAGUUCCAGAGGACGCUGAGGAAGAGUCUAGUGAAGGACCAUGACUUGAGUCAGCAUGAUUGUCUGGCUGAUGUUCUGGUGUCAGUGUUCACCUUUUGGUGUAUGGAAAGUAUGAAAUUUUGCAUAGUACUGCUUCCUUAACACAUUUCAAGUAGCCUGUCAGUUUGAUAGUCAGAGUAAUAUGUAUGUGAAAGUUGUGCGUCAGUCAGCUUGGUCUUGUGUUAAAAAAAAAAAAAAAAAAAGCUAUUGUACAAAUAAAAGUAAAAAUAUUCAAGUAACAAAGUGAGUCCAGUAAUUGCUGUGACACUAUGCUGUCUGGCUGAAGUUGUUAAUAAUUUGAUGCAAAUUCUAACAAAAAAAGAGUAUCUCUUUUGUAUCAAUGUUUCAUAUCAAACCUGGGUCAAUUAACUCUUGGUGGGGGGGUUUUCUGAACGUAUCAGGCGCAGUUAGUUCACAGUUGAACAAAUUUGAUAUUAUCAGCUAACAAGUCAAAACACACAAAUUGUUUCAAAUAAUUUUAAUCCAUGAUCAAAACAUUUUCGUACUCAUUGUGUUUCAUCAUGUACCAAAUCUGACCCAGUGGGCACCAAAGGAGGCUCAAGACAACCAAAAGUAAAUGUUUCUGCAAAUGCUACCUGGCGUAGGUCUGUUUGAUAACUAGACAAUUGGUUCCUUCAAUCACAAAGGAAACUGAUAUGAAUGAGGUAAGCAAAAUGACAUUUUGUUUUGCAAUAGCAAACAAGGCCAAUAUGAAUGUGUUUUUAUGGAAAAUAUUAAUUAUUUUGUCCCCCAUCUUGUGGUUCAGAUAAACUACUCUGUCAUGUCAUUGUGAUUUACUUUUCACUGUAUUGUCCUGUCAAAACAAGAAGCACAGCUGCAGUGUUUGUGAACCCAGUUAGGACAUGGUCUUUGUGUGACCUUUGGCCUUCAGCUUUGUGAAUAUUAUGAAUGUUGUUUGGUCCAAAAGUAAUAUCUGUAACACAUUUUCAGUUACUAAAGUUACUAAUACUUUAAGUUACUAUAUAUAUCCGAAGUCUCUGUCUGUUUGUUGUAAGAUGUACUUUAAGUAUCUCUGU